AUGAUAUUCAAACGAAUAAUUAUUUAUUUAAUUGAUAAAUAUUUAGGAAAUUAUAUUCAAAAUUUGGAUACUCAAAAUCUUAAAUUUGAUUUAUGGCAUGGUAAUGUUACUCUAGAAAAUCUUAACAUCAAACCCGAUGCACUUGCUAACUUCAAUAUUCCUGUUUCAAUAAUAACUGGAUAUAUUCAAAAAUUAUCAUUUCAUAUUUCUUGGAAACAUUUAUAUCAUCAUCCUAUUAAUAUUAUUAUCGAUGGUUUUUAUGUAAUUGCCGAACCAAAUACAGAAAUUAAACAUAAUGCUGAACAAGAAGAAAAAAAACAAUAUAAGGCUAAAAUGAAAGAAGUACAUAAAAUAGAAGAAUUUCGUAAAGAACAAGAAGAAUUUGUAAGAUCAAAAAGAUCUCCAAGACAGAGUGAUACAUUUCUCGAACGUUUACAAUUACAUAUUAUUCGUCAUUUCGAAUUUUCUAUAAGUAAUAUUCAUAUUUCUUUCGAUGAUAAAAUAACAAAACCUAAUCGACCAUUUAUAUUUGGAAUUACUCUCAACUAUAUUAAAUUUCAAACAACAAAUAAUGAAUGGGAACAUAUGAAAUUAAUAGAAGAUUCAGCAGUUAUUUAUAAAUUUGGUGAAUUGAAUACUUUUUCUAUCUAUUGGAAUUGCAAUGUUAAAUCCCAAUCAAAAGAAAAUCCUAUUGAAGAUUUACAUGCAAAAAUUAUGAGAAAUAAUGAAACAUCUAUGGAAAAUAUGAACUAUAUUUUACGACCAUCAGAUAUUAAAGCAAAAUUAAAGAUUGCAACAUUACCUAAUCAACAGGAAUAUGUUCGACCUAUUCUUGAUGUUAAAAUUGAUUUUAAACAGAUUCAUUUAAAUAUUACUCAUGAUCAGUAUUCGGAUUUACUCGAUCUUUUGGAACUUCGAGAUAAUAUUAAAUUACAAUCACAAUAUAAGAAAUAUUACAAAUCGAUUGAAACAACUAAACCAAGUUUACGACGUUGGAAAUUUGCCUACGCUGUUGUUGUAAAUGAAGUAGUUCGACCUCGUCUAGGAUAUUAUCAAUGGGAAAAUAUCAGAGAGAAUUUAAAUCGAUGUCGUGAAUAUCAUGCUUUAUAUUUUAAAGAACGUGAUGAACAAGCAACUAGAAUUGAGAAACAACGUGCUCGAAAAUUAGAAAAACAAAUCGAUGUCUUAAAUUUAGUUUUUAUUCGUCGGAAUGUCGAACUUGACAUUAAAAAGAAUAAGGUUGAAAAAAAACAAAAAUAUUGGUGGGAUAGAUUAUUUCAUUCGUGGAGUGAUAAUUCAAAUAAUAACAAUACAGAUCUUGACAAUGUUAUGACCUUGGAUGAAGAAAUAAAUUUGAACAAUGCGACUGAUGAUCAUAAUUUAUCAAUAUAUCCAGAAGAAUAUGUUGAUAUUGAUCUUUCAAUUGAAUUAAAUUUACUUGAAAUUAAUGUCUGGUCGAAUGUUAACGAUAAUGAUUCACAAUUAACAAUGAUUGCUCAACUUCUUGUAUCGAAUACGAAUUUAAAUUAUCAACGUCGUCCAGCUACUUCAGCUUUUUUAGUAAUUAUCGAUAUGGAUUCAUUAGAAAUGUAUGGAGAAGAUAAAAAUCUAAUUCAAUGUAUUAAUAAAAUUGAAUGUCCAUCUCAAAAAUUAUUACAUAUCGAAUUUGAAACAUAUCCAUCGAAUACAAAUAUUGAUUAUCGUAUAAAUGCAAUAUCAAAAUCAUUCGAGAUUAUCUAUGAUAUAAUAACUCUUAAUAGAUUAAUCGAUUGUUUUCAUCCUGGUGUUCGUCGUCAGUUAAGAGGAGUGAGAAAGAAAGCUUAUACAAUUUAUACAGAUAUUCGACAUCGAUUGAAAUUUUUAUUGAAUUAUAAUUUUCGAAAUAUAAAAGAUUUAGAUGUUAAUAUUGAUUUUCAAUCAGCUUAUUUUAUCUUACCUGAUAAUGGUGUCUAUCAUAAUGAAUGUUCAAGUAUUUGUCUAGAUUUUGGAAAUUUUACAGUUCAAGGUGGUUCUAUUCAAGUUGAUAAGAUAGAUGAAGAUAUAUUCGAAGAUGCUCAAAGUACCAUUGAUGAGAUAGAUGAAGAUAUAUUUGAAGAUGCUCAAAGUACUGUUGAUUCGCCAUAUUUUCCGAUAAAAGCUCGAGUAGAAAAUAUUCAACUUCAUUAUAUCAAAUCAAAUAAUGAUCGAGAAUCUUCGAUGCAUUUAAUCAAACCAUUUACAAUUGAUCUCGAUGUACUCAAAUGUAUAUAUGUAAAUGAUGCAAUUUCACCACUUUGGAAAAUCGAUGGACAAAUAUCAGCAAUAAAUUUACAAUUGUCUGAUCUAUUUUUCGUCAGAAUUAUUAAUCAAAUUCGAUCAAUCUCAUUUCCCGAAACACGGCAUUCAUUAAAAAAGGAUGAAACAAUUAAAGAAUUAUUUAUAUUUGAUGACAUAAUACCUGAAAAAGAUACGAAAAAAUUAUAUAAAACAAUCGAUCAAAUGGUACAAACAAAGAAAAAUUCGCAAAAUACAGAUAAUAGACAACAAGUUAAUUCAAAUAUACAGCUUAACGAAGUUGAAGCUGCACUAAAUAUUCCUUAUAUUGAUUUUCUUAUUGAUCAAUCGUUAUCGGAUGAAUCUAAUAAAACUCAACCAUUUAUUCGAAUAUCAUUUACUUCAAUUAAUGCUCAAACAACCAUCAAAACAUAUGAUGCAAAUCUAAAUAUAUCUCUUACUAAUAUUAUUAUCAUUCAUGAACAAUUUCUAACAAAUGAGAAGAAACCACUUCAACUAUUUUCAAAUGUACACAAUGAAAAAUUAUUUAUCGCAAAAUGUUUAUUUACUUCACCUGAAAAUCCAUUAUUCUAUUCUGAUCCUUAUGAUCGUAUUGAAAAUAGAGUCUGUAUACAUAUUAGUAAACCUAUUAUUAUGCUUCAAAUCAAAGCAAUUAUGUCUGUUGUUCAAUUUCAAAAUAAUCUUAUGAAGAAAUUAAUAUCUAAGAAACAACAAUCCGAAAAAAAAUCAAAUUCAAAUAAAACAGAAUUAAUUUCAGAUCGAUCAACAUGUGAAAUUAAAAUUAACCUUGAAUUAUUUCGAAUAAUUAUCGAAACAGAUUUACUCGAUAUUCAAUUUCAAGGAUUUAUUAUCAAUUACAGUCAACUACCUCGAAAAAAUACAAUUAAAUUAAUUCUUAAUGAUAUUUAUCUAUCUGAUCUUAAUGCACGUCAACGAUAUCAUAAUUUUCUUAUUCGACAAAAUCAUGAAAUACAAAUCUUAGGUUUUGAUUUAACUACAUAUAUUUAUUCUGCAAAACGUGAAAAGAAAUUGGAUGAAACUGAUUUUGAUAUUAAUAUGAAUUUAAAUAAGAUAAAUAUUAUUUUACUCUAUAAAUAUAUGGAUUUAUUUUUAAAUAUAUAUAAUAUAUGUCAAAUGAAUGGAUCAUCUGGUGAAACGAAUACUAAUAGUUAUGAUAUAUUACAAAAUCUUAAAAUUCGUUUUGAUAUUAUUCUUAAUUUACCAACGAUUUUUAUUCCAGUAGAUACUUAUGCAAAUGAAGGAGUUCUUAUUGAUUUAGGUGAAUUGAUAUUGAAAACUGAUUUUUUCGAUGAUGUUAAUCAAUCUUGUAUCGAACAACAAGUAUUAAUUAUUAAAAAUUCUUUAUCUCGUCGAAUUAAUCUAAAUGAUAACAAUGAAAUAAACGGUGAUAUUAUUCUAGUGAAAUGUGCGGAAUUUCAUACAUGUAUCAAUCGACGCUUACAUUCAAAUGAUGAUCAAAAUCAACCGGGGAUGUCAGUUAAAAUCGAAUGUGAAAUAAUGGAUGUGACCAUAUCGAAAGAUGAUUAUUCAUGUCUAAUGAAAAUAUAUCAAAAGAAUUUUUCUGAAAUAUUUAAUCAGAAAAUUUCAUUACCGGUCAUAAAAGAACAAUCCGAGAAUGAAAAAUCAAUUGAAAAACAAACGAAUUCAUUAGAUGAUAAAACUUCAAUGAAAAUACAAAUCGACUGUGAAGUUAAAAAUAUUACUAUUACUCUUUUUCUUGAUGAAUUUAACCCCACUGUUCGUCAAACAAAUCGAAAUAAAACUUUCGAAUUUCUUAGUAUGAGAAUUGAAAUGAUCGAAGUUCAUUUUCAACAAUCAUCUCAUCUAAGUUAUAAUAUUAAAAGUCAAAUUCAAAAUUUUGUGUUAGACGAUUUACGUAAAACAAAUCCAUCAAAUAGUGAAACACAUUUAUUCAAUCGAAAUUUUAAUGUAGAUCAGAAUAUUCCAAUGUUUACUAUGACUAUUGAUUGUAAACCAAAUAAUGAAACUCCUGCGAUAAAUAUUCGACAGAUAAAUGCUCAAUUCGAGAGUUUUUAUCUAUGGUUAAGUUCUGAUUGUUUAAUGAUAUUAAAGAAUUUUUUUACUUUACCUCAAUCAUCACCGAAUAAAUCUAUCUCAGUACAUCAUUCAUCGAAUCAAGUUUCAUCCAAUACUGAAACGAGAAUUAAUAUUUUAAUCAAAACUUCUCGUAUAUGUUGGUUUAAGCAAUAUCGUAUUAAUUCAAAAUGUCUUGUACUCAAUUUCUCUUAUCAAAUACGAAUGAACAUUAUCAAUGCAGAAACACAUUUAUAUAGUUCAAUCAAAGAUAUAACUAUUUAUACAUCUGAUUUGGCUGAUUUAAAGAAUUCAAAAAUCGAAUAUCAAAUUUUGCAACCGAUGAAUGUUUCUAUUGGUUUACGUAUGAACUCGACAUAUCAAAAGUUUGAUGUGCAUAUUGGAGAUAUUAUUGCUAAUAUUUCUCCAACUAUCAUUCGGAUAAUUUUUAAUAUGAUAAAUUCGAUAAAUAAAAGUCAAGAAAAUAAUUCAGAUAGAAUAGAGAAAAUUAAUUCAAAAUCUUUAUUGAAUCCAAAACCUCUCAAUGAUGCAUCAUUUUGGUUUCUUAAAGAUAUUGAUAUAGAUCAAACUAAUGAGGUGAAAACAACAACGGAAACUUCUUCGCAUGAGGAAGAUCAAAUCAAAAAUCAUCGUUUACAACAACUGAAAUUUAAUUUGAAACUUAUCGAAGUUAAAUUUGAACUUGAUUCAGAUUUAAUAACAAAACCAGUGAUCGCUUUAUGUCUAUCGGAUCUAUCUAUCGAUAUUAAGAACUGGUCUAGUAAUAUGAGUAUUACUUCAAGAAUUCAAAUUGAAUUAGCUGUAUUCAAUGAUUCUAUACUUGCUUGGCAAUCAGUAAUUGAACCUAUUAUUAAUGAUCGUGGUGAAAUUAUCUCUCCAUGGUGUAUUACUUGUUCUACUAUAGCUGUAGAAGAUGAAAAUGAGUGUAUACUCGAUCGACAAAAACCUAAAAAAUGCGGAUGUUUGAGUUCUCAUGAAAAUUCCAUAUCAAUGACUGAAGAAGAAUCAAAAGAUAUUACAAAUAUUCUUAAUGCAAAAAAUAAAAUUCAUAUACGAGCUGAACAUUUACUUAGUGUAAUAUUUACAAAAACAACUUUUGAUCUUGUUCAAUAUCUUUUCAAAAUAUUUAUGAAUACUUAUAAAUACGAAUUAUUAAUAAUUGAUAAAUCAAUCUUAUCUUUAUAUAAUCUAACUGGUUAUGAUAUUCUUCUUGAUGAUCUAAAUGGUAUUCAAGUAAAUUUGGGUGAGAAUAAUAAAUUCGAAAUGCCAAUUAAAGUCAAACAUGGAGAAAUCAUUCCAAUGAAGGUUUCUAAUGAACGUUUAACUGCUACUCAUCUUCCUGCUAUUGAGGAACAGAUUACCAAAAGACGACAAGAAUUUUCUGUUGAAAUUAAUAAACAUAAACGAAAGAUAGAUAUUAAUCAAACAUCGAAACAGAUAUAUGAAUUAAAUCCAUCGCCUUUAGUCAAUUGGCCUAUUCAAAUGCUUUAUGAUUCUCAAAUUUCUAAUUAUCAUCAUCAAAUUAUUCUCGGUUCAAUCAUUAAAAUAUAUAAUAGAACUAUUGUACCACUAAAUAUCUUAGAUGUUCAUUCAAUUGAAACAAAAAAAUAUCAUAAAUUAUGUCGACUUGAAGUCAAUGAAGAAUAUCAUCUUCCAAUUCAACCCUUAUAUAUGCGUUCAAGUUCUCGUCUGUUUAUUAGUAUUGAUGAAAAUGAUUCAACAGAACAAAUCAAUGAUUUUAUUUCAUUUGAUUGGAUAAAUGAAACUACAGUCGAUCGUACACUAAAGAAAAACAAUAAUGAAGAAAUUCAUCUUGUCAUUUAUAAAGAAUCAAUUGAUGGAUAUUCGGAUAAUACCAGUGAAUCUAUUCAUACUUGUUUUCAUAUAUAUAUUAAACUAGCUGUUUAUUUAAUUAAUCUUUUACCAAUUAAUAUUGAAUGUUCCAUUGAUAAUGAUGAUCCAAUCGAUUUGAAAUCAGGUGAAUUGUAUCAUGCGACAUCCGGUAAUAAAAAAUCUCAACUGAUUUUUACGAUUCCAUUACAUAACAAUAAGAAAUGGAUUUCAGAAUCAAUUGAUUUACAUGUAAAACCUCAUAGUAAUCCUACUCAACAUAUGGUACAAUUUCAUGGAGUUAAUUCACAAGAUACAAUGAAAAUGAUUCUACGUAUAGAUGUAUAUCAAGAAUCAUAUCGUGUUAUGCUUUAUUCACCAUUUUGGAUUCUUAAUUAUACCAAUUUUAAAAUUGAAUUUGAAAUCGAUAAUGAGAAGACUCUAAUCGAUAUUUAUGAUUCACCAUUUUUUAUCUGUACGAAAAAAAUUGAUAAUAGUAUAUUUGAGAAAAAGAGUUCUAUUCGUUUAUAUAAUGUCGAUCAAGAAGAUUCACUAUCGCACUGGUCAGAGAAAUUUUCUUUAUACGUUUUCGAAAGUACAGGCAUGGUUAAUUGUAAAAUAUCUCAUAAUAAAAUAUACACGAUUUGUAUAAAUAUUACAACAACAUCAUCUGGUUUAUCUAAAAUUAUAAAACUCUUGCCAUCCAUGGCUAUUAUUAAUAAAUCAUCGGUUGAAAUUGAAAUUAUUGAAACAAUCUCUGGAAUUCAACAGAACGAAUGGCAAUUAAUAAAACCGGAACAAAUAAUACCAUUUUGGCCAUGUGAUAUGAAAGAAGGUAUUAUGAAUGUUCGUUAUUCAUAUAGUCGAAUGAUACCAUCAUCUUUUAUGAUGAAUAUUAAACAUCGAACAUUAUUACGAAUGAAUGAUGAAGAUCAUCCAGUUCUUCAUGUUCAAGUAUCUAUUACUGAUUUCUUUGGUAUUCAUAUAAUUUUCAAUGAUUAUAAAAUUGGUCAUGCACCUAUUCUACUUAUUAAUUGUUUGAAAAAUCAAGAAAUAUCUUAUAAUCAAAAAGAUGAUACACAAAUACAAAUCUUAUCAUCUCAACAUUAUGUAUACUAUACAUGGAAUAACCCAUUUAAACCACACAAAUUACUUGUUUCAAGUAACGGACAAAAUAAAGAAAUUGAAUUUCAUCCUGUUUGUGGUUAUAUUGGAAAUGAUAUAUUUUAUGCGGUAUUUCAUGAUGGCCCUCAAACAGUUUUGAUCAUUACGGAUGAAAAAUCUAUUAUCAAAGCAGUUACAGAUCUUUCUGAUGAAAUGUCAUCGUUAAGUGAAUCCAUGGAACAAUAUAUUGAAAUUAGUGUUCGUGAAAUUGGUCUAUCAGUUAUAAAUGAUAUUACUCAUGAAGAUUUAUUUUAUAUAAGUAUAAAUAAAUCGAAAAAGAUUUGGACUGAAACACGAAAAUCUUUAAUAAAACCACUUUCAUCGAAACUCAAUCGACAAUUAGAAAAAAAAUAUAAAAUUCAUAUGAAACAACGACAAGUAAAAACAUAUCAUAUUCGUAAACAUCGUCUUGUUUCAUUCAAUGAAAAUCAUGCUGAAAUAAUCGAUCAAAAUGGUCAUCAUGUACAAGUUCAACGUCAAUCUCUUGAUGGAUUAUGGAUUGGAUAUGCUUGGUCUAUGAAAAAUACUUUCUAUCAUAUUCGUAUUCAUCAUAUUCAAAUCGAUAAUCAAGUAGAGAAUACAAUGUUUCCUGUUAUUUUUUAUCCGACUAUUUCCAAAACAGAUUUUCUUGAUAUUCCAGGAAAACCAUUUGCUGAAUUGAGUGCGUUGAAAACAACAGUUGCACAAUCAAAAACAGUACAUUUUAAAUAUUUCAAAAUUACAGCGGAAGAAUGUGUCUUUUGUGCUGAUCAAGGUUUAAUCAAUUCAUUUUUUUCAUUUAUCAACUCGGAACAAAAAAUGCCCGUACCUAUUGUUAAGAUGAACAAGGAUUUCAGAAAUCUUAAGAUAUCAUUUGAACAACUUGUAGAAAGUCAAAUAGAAGAUGAACCAGACGAAACAAAAAUCUAUUUUGAUUCUAUUCAUCUAUCUCCAUUAAAAGUUCAUGUGAGUUUUUCUGCACUCGGUUCAAAACCAAAUAAACAAUUAUUAGUUGAAUCUUCAUGGACUCACUAUUUUUCACAACUAUUGGAUAUGGCCAAAAUGCAGGAUGUUAUUUUGAAAUUAGAUUUCUAUGAACGAGAGAACGAUCGAUUUACAUUAACGAAAUUAUUACUUGAAAUCGUUCAUCAUUAUGAACAUCAAGUUUGGAAACAAAUUUAUGUUGUUGUAUUAGGUUUUGAUGUACUUGGAAAUCCUUUUGGUGUUGUUCGAGGUGUUGCGCAAGGUGUUAAAUCAUUUUUUCAUGAACCGUAUAAAGGUGCGAUGGAAGGCCCAUCGGAAUUUAUUGAAGGAGUUGCAUCAGGUACUGAACAUUUAGUUGGUGCAGCUGUUGGUGGUGUUGCUAAUGCUGGUUCGAAGAUAACCAAUGCAAUGAGUAAAGGUUUAGCAACAUUAACAUUUGAUGAAGAUUAUAAAAAUAUUCGAAUUCAACGAAAAAAAUCUCCAAUACAAACAAGAUCGGAUAUUAUUCAAAGUGGCAAGAAUGUUGCCAAGGAUGUUGUACAUAGUGUAGAAGAUGUUGUUAAAAAACCAAUAGCAGGUGCUAAGGAAGAUGGGACACCAGGUUUCUUUAAAGGUUUAGGUAAAGGUUGUAUCGGUCUUGUUGCACGACCAACAAGUAGUGUUACUAAUCAUACUAGUAGAUCAUUGGAUUUGAUUAAGAGGCAUGCAACUCAUGAAAUAGUUAUGCAUCGUAUUCGAGAUCCAUAUCAUAUUGGUAGAGAUAAUAUUAUUCGACCUUCAACAGCUUAUCGAACAAAAGGACUUUUUAUUUUCAAUAGACUUGAUAUCGAUAGAUACAUCAGAUCAGACAAAUAUAUUGCUCAUAUCAAUUGUUAUGAAAAUGAAUCUGGCUGGUUUUUUGCAACAUCAAAACAUUUAAUGUUUGUAAAGGAACACGUUUCUCAUCGAGAUACAUUUAAAGUUGAAUGGCAUUUUCAAUACAAAGAAUUAAGAGGAUCACCUAUUGUAAGAUUUGAUCGAAAUCAAAUCGAAAUUAUCUUGAAAGAACCAAAAUUGCGUCGAAAAAUGAAUAAAGAUUUAGAACAUAAGAAAAUCAUUACCUAUGAAAACGUUGGAGAAGCUCAAUAUAUUGUCGAUAAAAUCAUCCAAACAAUGCAUACAAUGGAAGUUUAG